GGGGUGGGGGAGAGAGCGAGAGGAGAAAAGGAAGAGGAGGGGAAACCGAGCGCAAACUCGGAGGGAGACGGAGGGAACCUGGAGAGGUCAGUGGAAGAGGAGGAGGAGGAGGAGGAGAAGGAGGAGGAGACCCCGGGUGUUUUUGGAACUAAAAUGAGCUGAGCGCGGCGGCGGCGGCGGCGGCGGCAGCAAUACGCUUAUUGCAAUUGACAGCGUCUGCAGUUCAUUUCAAGAUGGCCGCUUGGCUCACAUUCAUUUUCUGCUGAACGACUUUUAACUUUCAUUGUCUCUUUUGGCGGCUCCGAUCGUCACCCAGCAGCUCCUUUUCGCGGAGCUGCCUAUUUUUGCGCAAAAAUGCAUCGCACCACCCGAAUCAAAAUCACCGAGCUAAACCCCCAUCUCAUGUGUGUUAUCUGUGGAGGGUACUUCAUUGACGCAACCACCAUCAUCGAGUGCCUGCACUCCUUCUGUAAGACAUGUAUCGUGCACUAUUUGGAGACGAGCAAGUAUUGUCCUAUUUGCGAUGUCCAAGUUCACAAAACCAGACCACUUUUAAACAUAAGAUCUGAUAAAACUCUCCAAGACAUUGUGUACAAGUUAGUACCGGGCCUUUUCAAAAAUGAAAUGAAAAGAAGAAGAGACUUCUAUGCUGCUCACCCAUCUGCUGAUGCUGCCAAUGGCUCUAAUGAAGACAGGGGAGAAGUAGCAGAUGAAGACAAAAGGAUUAUAACCGAUGAUGAGAUAAUAAGCUUAUCCAUUGAGUUCUUUGAUCAAAAUAGACUGGAACGGAAAGGAAAUAAAGAGAAAGAGAAACCCAGAGAAGAGAUGAAUGACAAAAGAUAUCUACGCUGCCCAGCAGCAAUGACUGUAAUGCACUUGAGAAAGUUUCUGCGGAACAAAAUGGACAUACCAAAUACUUUUCAGAUCGACGUCAUGUAUGAAGAGGAGCCUUUGAAGGACUACUACACACUUAUGGAUAUUGCCUACAUUUACACAUGGAGAAGGAAUGGCCCCCUCCCUUUGAAGUACCGAGUGCGACCUACUUGCAAAAGGAUGAAGCUGAGCAGUCACCAGCGAGAUGGCAUAAACCACAGUGGAGAGUUGGAAAGUGACUCUGGGAGUGAAAAGGCGAACAGCCCUGCGGGAGGCACCCCCUCUACUUCAUCCUGUGGUUUGCUUGGUCCCAGCACUCCAGUGCAGUCUCCACACCCUCAGUUCCCUCAUAUCUCUAGUACUAUGAAUGGGACUGGUGGUAGUCCUGGCAGUAACCACCACUCUUCCUUCGCCAACAGAGCCCGGAAGUCAUCUAUAAAUGGUUCAUCUGCAACUUCAUCUGGUUGACACACUGAAAUGCCCUCAGACUGAAAACCCCACCACUUCUUUAGAGCUCCCUUUUCUGCCCUUCUGUCUUUUUCUCUCCCUGCCAUUCAGCUUUAUAGAACUUAAUCCACGAGUGAUGAUCAUCCAAAAUGCUUUUUUAAAAAAGGAAUAAAGGACUGUCUUCUACACACAUUUUGGAUAUUAAAAUGGUGGGACCUACUGGGUGAGCAUUUGAUAUGAACCCUACGUUGAAGCAAACAGCAACAAUUUUAAAAGCAGUUUCUUAAGGACUAGCAAUGAGCAACAAGGUAUAAACCCUGAUAAACUGGGAGCAAAAAAUUGAUUGUUUUCUGGGGAGGGAGGGUUGCUACCCAUCCUCAACCUACUUCCUAGUUUGGACUCAGGAUUAUCUGGGAAUGAAUGCAUAUCAUUAAUGGGAUAUAGUUUUGCUAAUCCAGACUAACUUCCUACAUUUACACACUCUCAGAUUGUUCAUUGUUUAUUUCGCUGUUUUUGUGAACUUGUAAAAGCAAGUGGAUAUUUUUUCCAUCUUGAGAUUUGUCAACAAAACCGGAUUGAAUAUGCAUAGAAUGUAUGCAUACCUGUAGUAGCCAUGCCACUGUGAAUAACAAUUUCUUGCUUUAUUAGCCAUUUUGAUUUUUGUGUUGCAUCCAUAACUUCUCUGCUGCAGCACAGAAGCAAUUUAAAAGGGAGGAAAGGAAGAAGAAACAGAAAAUUACGACAACAAAAAGAACAAAGAAAAAAAGAUAGAUAUUGUGUUUUACAACCUGUAGGUCUAAAAGCGGGUAUUGCCGUUUAUUUUACUGACUUGUUUAAAGAAAAAAAAAAUCAAAGAAAAAGACACUGUUUUUGUAAAAAUUGGAUGGCAUUUUGUGUUUGUUGAACAAUGCCAUAUUGGUAUAUGACAAAACAAGAAGCAGUAUUGUAUGAUAUAUUUAUAAAUACUAUAAAGAAAAUAUUGUGUUCUGCACACACUCAAUACAGUGGUUAAAUUCCCAGGCUAGUUUGGUGGAUGCAGAUGCCCCUUAUGAGGUUGUUGCUGAUUUACCAGAUAUGAGCUCUUUUUCCCUGGUGAUGUUUGAAGGUUGCAGGGCUGGAGUGCAAGCUCAAAUCAGCGUUAACCUGGAAGCAAUUGGCAAUCUCAAAAGGAUUUUACGAGCUUUGUCUUGUUCCAAGUAGUAUAUUAUUUUUACUUUUACACAAUGUGAUUGUUUUAAUGAUGCCGGAGGGAGGAGGGGGAGGUUACAGGAGAAGUAGAAAAUGGAGGAACAGGGGGGUGAGUUAACUAUUUCAUUCGUUCUAUUAUUUUGUGUGAUGGGUUUGUGUUUUUUUUUUCCUUAAAAAAGCACAGGAAAUCAUAUAAGAAGCCAUAAAAUACGUGGGAACCUUUGUCAUUCAUUAUUUCUUAAGAAAUCAGUAAGUCUCUGGAUGAAGGCUUUUAAUCUAAAUUUGUUUUAAUAUAUAUGUAUGUAUAUGGUACAGUACUAACUUGGUUAAAGAUUAACAGGUACUUUGAGAUCUCCAAUAAGCUGUGGGGAAUCCCUUUUAUACAAUUGACUCCUUAAGGCAUUGCAGUUUGGGGGAAAAAGGAAAGUUUUCAAAUGUAAGAAUCAUGAAGAGCCUCCCAAAUACUUUUCAGUUUGUGCUUUGCUUUGGUCAAAGUGUGUGUGUGUGUGCGCGCGCGCAUUCUUCACUCAGUUACACAUUUGUGAGGGUGUUUAUCCUAUAUGACUAUUGUUUCAUGUCUGUAUGAAGAAAUUGUAGCUAAACAUUUCAUUGUCUCCAGUCUGCAAAAGAAGCACAAUUCUAUUGCUUUGUCUUGCUUACAGUCAUUAAAUCAUUACUUUUGCA